UCCCAACAAGCCCAAUCCGCUUCCUUUUGUAGAGAGGCCCUUAAAACCCUAAGCAACAAAACUCAGCCGCUGCUACUUUCCCCUUCUUCCGCAAACAACCUGGACUCGCACUCAACUCAACUAACCAUCAAAAUCUAAACCUCGCCGGAACACGCCGCCCGACUUCAUUCUCGCCAGAACACCACCGUCUGAAACAGUCAAUAAUUAUGCUGUUUUAAAUUUUAAUCAAUAAGAUGAAAGCUAUGUCGAAGAAAAAGAAUCCCCUAGUGUUUAUGGACGUGUCUAUUGAUGGGGACCCUGUUGAAAAGAUGGUGUUUGAGCUUUUCUACGAUGUUGCUCCCAAGACUGCAGAAAAUUUCCGUGCUUUAUGUACAGGAGAGAAAGGUAUCAGUCCAAAUACUGGAAAAUCGCUGCACUACAAGGGUUCUUUCUUCCAUCAAGUUAUAAAAGGCUCCAUUGUGAAGGGUGGUGAUUUUGUCAAUCGAAAUGUUGUUGGAGUGGCAAGCCUUGUUCCAUUUGCAUGUUUCCUGUGAUGAUGGUACUGACGGAGAAAGCAUAUAUGGCUCUAAGUUCCCAGAUGAGUCACCUAAGCUAAAGCAUGAUGGCCCCGGGCUUUUGUCGAUGGCGAUUGCUGACCGUGACAUGCUUGGUUCUCAUUUUAUUAUCACUUUGAAAGCUGAUCACCAUCUUGAUAGGAAACAUGUAGUCUUCGGGAAGCUUGUGCAAGGGCUUCAUGUAUUGAAGAAAAUUGAAGAUGUGGGUGAUGAUGAAGGCCAUCCAACUGUAACUGUUAAGAUUAUUUAUUGUGGCGAAUACAAUGAUGAUGGGAAGAAGGUAAAUAAAUCAAAAGCAGGAAGGGAUGGAUCUUGCGAACCCAAUAGUCAUGAAACACGGAGGAAGGGAAAACCGAAAAGAUCUUCAAAAGACAGAAGGAAAAGGAAAAGAUAUCACUCAUCUGAAUCGGAGAGUUCUUCUGAUUCAGACACGGAAUCUUCGGAAACUGAUAGUGAUUCUGAGUCAGAUAUGUCCUCAUCAUCUGAUAUAAGUUCCUCUAGUGAUGACAGGCGAAGAAAGAGAAAGAGAUCUAAGAAAGAUAAAUAUAAACGUGGAAAAAAAAGAGAUAAACGCCGCGACAAAAAGCGAAAAAGACGGGAGAAGAGAUCAAAGCGUAGAUCAAGAAGGGAGUCUGGCAGUGAUUCAGAUAGUGAGUGUAACCGUGGUUCUGAUGUUGAAAGUCUUGAUACUCAACAGAAAGAGCUGAAGCGAAAAGAUCAUUCUCAGAAAAAAGCUGAAGUAAACUCUCCCUCAGAUGUGGAGAAAGAUGCACCUACUGUCCACCAUAAAAAGGAAGAGGUGGGUUUGCCGGAAAAAAUUGUGAAGGAAAAUGGUGAGCGGCAUAGCAAUGGUACUGGAGCUGUCUAUAGAUCUGACAGAAGUGAAGAGAGGCAACCAGACGCGAUGGAUGACCAUUUGGGCAAAUCUCGGAGUCGAAGCAUGAGUCCUAAGCGAGCCAUGAGUAAGAGUAUGAGCAUCAGUCCUAGGAGGAGUGGGGACAAGAGCCUUAGCAUCACUCCGAAAAGAAGAUUGAGCAAAAGUCCAAGUGUUGGUAGAAGUCCUCCCCGUCCAUCAAGGAGGAGUUUGAGCAGGAGUCCUGUUAGAAGGAUCAGGAGUCCAAGCAGAAGCAUCAGCAGGAGCCCAGUGAGGGGCAGGAAAGGGAGAAGUAUCAGUAGAAGUCCUGUGAUAACUCGUUCUCUUAAAAGUUUCAGCAAGAGCCCUGGAAGAUCUCGUUCUCGAAGCCGCCGGAGCAGAAGUUCUCCCAGAGCGUCAUCACGAAAAACAAUCAGCAGAAGCCCUGUAAGAGUGUCGAGAAAGAGGGUAAGUCACAGUCCAGUUAGAUCACGAAAAACAAUCAGCAGAAGCCCUGUAAGAGUGUCAAGUGUAAGUCGCAGUCCAGUUAGAUCACGAAAAACAAUCAGCAGAAGCCCUGUAAGAAUGUCAAGAAAGAGUUUAAGUCGCAGUCCAGUUAGGUCACGAAAAACAAUCAGCAGAAGCCCUGUAAGAUUGUCAAGAAAGAGGGUAAGUCGCAGUCCAGUUAGAUCACCAGCAAGAAGCUUAAGCAGAAGCCCUGGUAGGGUCCCUUCAAAGAGAAGCAUUAGCAGAAGUCCUGUUAGAGCACCCAGUAGAAGCAAUCGCCGCAGUUAUUCUAGGAGUCCUAGCCCUGUACGUAGAAGAAGGUCACCUCGUGGGGGUAGUUUGUCUAGGAGUGCUUCACCUGAUGCUUCCCCAAAGCGUAUCAGAAGGGGAAGAGGUUUCAGUGAACGAUACUCCUAUGCAAGAAGGUAUAGAACCCCUUCUCGGUCUCCUGUGAGGUCAUACCGGUACAAUGGAAGAAUUGAUCGGGACAGAUAUUCAGGUUACAGAAGGUAUUCCCCUAGGCGUUUCAGAAGCCCACCACCACGUGGAAGAACUCCCCCAAGGUAUCGAAGGAGGAGCAGGACCCCAUCUGUCUCACCCAGCCCACGCUACCGAGCUCGGCGAUAUAGCAGAAGCCGCAGCCCAGUUCGCAGUCGUUCCCCAGUUGAACCGCUUCGAUCCCGUCCCUCUCCUCGUGUAGAAAGGCAUUCAUCAUAUUCCCGAAGCAGGAGCAGGAGUCCAGUGAAAUCCAGGUCUCCUGUAGAUUCACCAUCUCCACGGAAAGCAAGUAGGGACAGCAGGGGGGGUUCAUCAUCCCGAAGCCCAGAUGGAAAAAAAGGCUUGGUCUCAUAUGGCGAUGGUUCUCCCUACUCGGGCCAAAGGUGAAAAUAGUUGGACCCGAAGGUUUUUGUCAUCUUUUAUGAGGUUGGGGCUUUGAUUUUUGAACUUCACCUUCUGCUUUGCUUGCAUGCUGGAAUGCUGGAAUUUGGGGAUGUCGUGUUAUUUUCUUUAUAGACACUGUUGAAAGAUUCUAAUGUUAGAAUAAGUACGACUACUUGUGAAAUUAGGAUGCGGUAUUUGUUGUAGUGGAAUUAUUGCUGUAUUUGGUGGAAUUAGGGAAAACUGCUAUGUUGUGUCUUGCCAUGUCUUCGGUGGCACAAAUAUUUGAGUUGAAUUUAUUUAUUAAAUUUUGGUAAUGCUUAUUAGGUUUGUUCUAUAA